AUGAACGGGGAAGAUAUUGAUAGUAGUCUUUCAAAUGAGAAUUUUAUUGAUAUGGAGGAUGAUGAUGAUGAUGAUGACGAUGACGAUGACGAUUAUGGUGAGGAGGAGGAGGAGGAUGAGGAUGAUGAUGAUGAUGAUGACGAUGAUGAUGAAGAUAGUAAAUUAGAAAUUGUUUUCACCAAUGAUAUACCUGAAACCACUGGAGCCAUAAAAAAAAAGAAUAAAAAGCAAGUAUCAUUUAAUAAUGAUGUUCAAAUAAAAGAAUUUGUACCAAGGCCAGGAGAACAUUUCAUUCGUCGAAGAGAAGAAACAGCAACAGGAUCUAUGAGACCUGAAAUACUUGUCACGGAAAUUGAUGACAUUGUGGAAAGAGUAUCUGAUUUAUGUCCGCAAAAUGAAACUGAUGAUACAGAAGAAAAUGCAAGACCCAUAAGUAGGUUUAAAUCUAACCGGAAAUAG